UCCUGGUACUGACAGCCCAGCCCGGGGUUGCCACACCACUCACCUGUGAUGCAACCUCCCCGGCAGAGGGCUGAGCAGGCCGGCCAGGGGCGGCCUAUAAAUGCAGGGCCCCCACGGCCCCGUCAAAGCCCUCUGUGAGACUCCUCGGCCUGGACACAGCUUGAGCAGUCAGGGAGCCACGAUGCCGUCGCUGAUGGAAUGCAGCCUGGAGACCAUCAUCAACAUCUUCCACCAGUACUCCACGCGCCUGGAGCACCCCGACAGGCUCAACCAGAGGGAGUUCAAGCAGCUGGUGAAGAAGGAGCUGCCCAACUUCCUCAAGAAGCAGAAGAAGAAUGACAAGGCCAUAAACCACAUCCUGGAGGACCUGGACACGAACGGGGACAAGGAGCUGAGCUUCGAGGAGUUCGCCAUCCUGGUGGCCCGGCUGACCGAGGCGUCCCACGAGGAGAUGCACAAGAACGCGCCUCCCGGGGAAGGCCACAGCCACGGGCCAGGCUUCGGCGAGAGCCACAGCUCCUGCCAGAACCAAAACCAAGGCCAAAGCGGCCAUGGCCACAGCCACGGGGGCCACGGCCACAGCCACGAGGGCCACGGCCACAGCCACUAAACGGGAGGCCAGGCCCCCCAGGCCCCGCCCAACCAGGGCCCCAGGGCUGCGCGCCACACUGCCCCGGCUGCGGGGCUGGGGUUCGGGGGUGAAAUAAAGUGUUCCUCCAAGCCA